CCCUAGAACACAGUAUCCUUUCAACAAUGCCCUCCGACACCGUCGGCAAUGGCGCUCUGGUCCCGUUCUCCGGCGAGACCAGAGACUCGCCAGCGGUUUACCCUCUCCACCAUGGCCUCACCCCUCCAAUUUCUCGCAUCGCCUUCUCCUGGUCCCGCGGCAACUCUCUUCGCGUCUCCCUCUUCACCGAACGUUCCGGAAGUUCCGACGCCGAAGCUGGCGGCAAGGUCGUUGAAGUCAAGCUCAGCGGUGAAGAUCCGGAGAUCGCCGACGCGCACUGGCGGCGUAUCGAGUACGGCUCCGUCGAGCCCUUCGCUCUGCUCCAGAGUCGACGGAGCUCUCUUUCUGCUCUGUCGAAGGCUCCUUCGCCGUAUCAUGUAGAUUGGUGGGAGCAUGUUCUUGAGUAUAGCAGGGACAUAACGUCACUUCUUGGGGGGCUAAAGUUGGCCCCUAGUCCUAUAAUUGAAGAUCCGAACGCAAUUGUUAAGAAAGGUGAGGAGCCAUCAUGUUUGAAAGCUGCAUGGGAGUUAAUGGAAAUAUUCUAUGUGGACAAGCAAUCUCAAGCAUGGCUACCCGAAAGGCUUGUUGAUUGGUUAGCUGAUUAUGACAGUCUCUUUACUAGUACACACGAAACAAUCCAUGGCAAGCUUGUGGAUUUUCAGAAAGACCUUGUCAGCAUACAGGUGAUUGAAGAUAAUGCUAAAUACUGGGAAGUGAUGUCAUCUGCUUUGUCAGUUGGUUGGCUUGAUAUUGUGGUAAAAAUGCUGCGGUUGCAUGGAUCUUACCAACUAGAUCAGCUCAGCAAUCGUGAGUUAGAGAAUGGACUUGUAGAGGCAGUUGCUGUUCUUAUUUCCAAAAUGCCCCACUUGCGUCCUGAAUCUGCUGAUGGAAAAUUAGGCGAAUGCUUUAAAUCCAAGCCUGACUUUAUCAAGGCCUGGGAAAAAUGGAGGUCACAAAUCACUAAACUGGAUUGCAGUCCAUUCUGGAUUCAGUGUGAUAAUCACCAAACUUGUGAGGGCUUGAGAAACUUGCUACAAAUUAUGCUGGGUAACACCGAGAGUCUCUGCAUGGCUACGUGUUAUUGGAUGGAGUUGUAUAUUUCUCAUUUUCUAUACAUCAGGCCAUUUACAAUUGGAAUAGAAAGCAUGUAUAAUUUGGCCCAGAAAUGCAUCAACUUAAAACCACCAUCCAGUACCCAUAAGUUGACAGGACUUAUGAUUGGAAUUCUUGGAGAAAAUACUGAGGUUGUUUUAGCAGAAUGUUCCAGAGAAUUUGGCCCUUGGAUGGUUGCACACGCCAUAGAGUUGUUGACUGCAGGGAGUGAGCAAGCAGAGAUUCUUCUACAUGAUGAGCGUUAUAACUUGGGGGAAAUCAGCAUAGUGGAACUGCAUCGGCUUGUAUAUGCUCAAGUUCUAUCAUCACAUGCAUUGACCUGGCAAAUAGCUCCAAUAUAUUUAACAUCAUGUAUGAAGCAAGGAAAGGGCUUGCUAGAGAAUUUAUUGUACAGGCAAUCUGUUCAACAUAAUGAUGUGUUGCUUAAGAACAUCGAGAUAUGCCGUUUGUAUGAGCUUGAUUAUAUUAGUUCAAAUAUCAGGAAGGUUGCUGGAGUAUAUCACUGGAAGCAUGGUCGUAAAGGUGCUGGAGUUUUUUGGCUUCAGCAAGCCCAAGAUGCAAGUUGUCUCAAUAGGAUUGCCCAACAGUUAUUUGAUUCUGUUGGAAAGUCAAUCUCCGAUGAAAGCUUUAAGCAAUGGGAAGGCAUAAUUGAAUUAUUGGGUUCUGAGUCUAAACCUGCUGGGGGUCUUGAAUUUUUGCACAAGUAUAGGGAUUUCAAAAAAUCCCUUCAGCAGUUAUCUGGUGGAAAACCAACUGAUGCUGCUAGGCAAGCUGUAUGCUCCCUCAUAUUGCUUAUGAAAAAUCCAUCGACCCCUCAGCGCUUUUGGCUGCCCCUUCUGUAUGACUCGUUGAAGCUGCUGAAUUGGCAGGACUGUCCUCUUCUAAGUGUCUCCGAGACUAAUCUUCUAUUGAACAAACUUCAAGAGUUAUCUUUGGCAAGGCUGCGCCCACACUUCACUGAGCCUAGCUUACCCUCCGAUGCACUAAGCUCUAUUAGGCUGGCUCUAGCUACAAAUCUUGGUCGGGCUAUACUUGAUGAAUAGGCUGACCAGAUCUAUCUAUCUAUAUAUAAUAUAUAUUAGUGAUGUAUGAAUUGCAAUACCAUACAACCCCCCGGUGGACCUUCGGAUUUAAGAAGGCAUGUGGAAGGGGCUUGUAAAUUGCUAUGCUCCAAUGAUUGUGACCUGUUGUAAAUUUGAAUGGACAUUGGACAGUUGUCUCAGCUUCCCAAGAUUGGGCUUUGGUUGUAUGCUUCUUUACCAUUUGAAGAAGUGGAAUCAGUGU